CAUUUGGUUGGUGUGCGAACGUGGUGGUCUGAUUAAUUUGUAAGAACAAAAUUAGAUGGCUUGCGAAGUGCCAAUAAAAUCCAUGAUGUCCAGCGCAGUCACACUCCUGACGCCGCGCCACGUGGCAGUGAUCGGCGCGGGCGCCGCCGGCCUAGUGGCGGCUCGGGAGCUCCGGCGAGAAGGGCAUCGCGUGGUGGUUUUCGAGAAAGGGGAGGAAGUGGGUGGCAUGUGGGUGUACAGUCCGGAGGUGGAUUCGGAUCCGCUGGGUUUGGAGGCGAAGCGGAGAUUAGUCCACUCGAGCCUCUACGAUUCGCUCCGAACGAAUCUGUCUCGGGAGAGCAUGAGUUUCCGAGAUUACCCUUUCAGGAGGAGGGAGGGGAAAGGGAGGGAUUCUCGAAGGUUCCCGGGUCACAGAGAGGUGUUACUGUACUUGCAGGAUUUCGCUGCUGAAUUUGAAAUCGGAGAAUUGGUGAGGUUUGGAACGGAGGUUUUGUUUGCUGGAUUGGAUCAGUGUGGAAAGUGGAGGCUGACUUCAACAUCACCCCAUACUCAUCCUGUGGAUGAGAUUUACGACGCCCUUAUCAUUUGCAACGGCCAUUACGUUCAGCCUCGUCUUCCUCAUAUCCCCGGGAUUAAUGCAUGGCCAGGGAAGCAGAUGCAUAGCCAUAAUUAUAGAACACCUGAGCCCUUUCAAGAUCAAGUUGUAGUUCUAAUUGGUAGUUCUGCUAGUGCGGUUGAUAUCUCUCGAGAUAUCGCAACAGUUGCUAAAGAAGUCCACAUUGCAGCUAGGUCAGUUGAAGAAGAUAAGCUAGGAAAGGUGCCUGGCCAUGAGAAUAUGUGGCUUCAUUCUAUGAUUGACAGCGUUCAUGAAGAUGGUACAGUGGUUUUUCAAGAUGGAAAUGCAGUUGGUGCUGACUUCAUCAUACAUUGCACAGGGUACAAGUAUGAUUUUCCCUUCCUUGAAACCAAUGGGGAGGUGACUGUAGAUGACAACCGUGUAGGACCACUCUACAAACAUGUUUUCCCACCAGCCUUGGCUCCAUGGCUUUCUUUUGUUGGGUUGCCUUGGAAGGUUGCUCCCUUCUCCUUGUUCGAACUGCAGAGCAAGUGGAUAGCUGGAAUCUUGUCUAAUCGCAUUGCACUUCCUUCGAAAGAGGAGAUGGCUAAAGACGUUGAUGCUUUUUACUCAUCACUUGAAGCCUCUGGCACUCCUAAGCGUUACACUCAUAAUAUGGGCAUUCUUCAGUGGGACUACAAUAACUGGAUUGCGGAUCAGUGUGGGGUUCCUUCUAUUGAAGAAUGGAGAAGGCAAAUGUAUAUAGCCACAUCUAAGAACAGGGUGCUGCGACCCGAGUCUUACCGUGACGAGUGGGACGAUGAUGACUUGGUUCUGCAAGCUCAACAGGAUUUUGCCAAUUAUCUCACUUGAUGUUUGUGACAGGUCUGUCUUAAGCCAUGUAAAUCAUGCGCUCUGCUCCCGGAUUCUUUGUUAAGAAUAAUGAUUAUAAAUCAACUUCGCACUAUUGAAGAAUAGAAAAUUUGAUAUUUUUAAAAAAGUAAAUAUUAUCAUAUGUUCAUUACGCUUUUACCGAUUCUUUUAAUAAACAUGUGAUGGCAAUGUGAUGACUA